AUGUUCGGCGAUAGAGUCGUUGUGCCAGACUGUUUUCGCAAACGCAUUCUCCACCAACUGCAUCGAGGCCAUCCAGGAAUGGAGCGGAUGAAAUCCCUAGCGAGGAGUUUCGUGUACUGGCCCAACAUCGAUGCUGUCGUCGAAGACUACGUCCGCUGCUGUAGAUCCUGUGCUGAAGCUGCUAAGUCACCACGCAAGACGGACCUGGAGUCGUGGCCCAUUCCAUCGAAGCCGUGGAAACGAGUCCAUAUUGAUUAUGCUGGCCCAAUCAAUGGAUACUACUACUUUCUGGUAAUCGACGCAUAUUCAAAAUGGCCAGAAAUCUAUCGCACUCGAAGCACAAGUACAACAAAGACACUGGAGAUACUAGACGAGAUAUUUGCAAGAUACGGCAAAACUCUCGUCUCGGAUAAUGGAUCGCAAUUUGUUAGCGCCAGAUUCAAGCAAUUCUGUGAAGAAGCUGGAAUCACCCACUUAACGAUUGCGCUCUACCAUCCACAGUCUAAUGGACAGGUUGAGCGCUUUGUGGACACACUCAAGAGAGGACUCAAGAAGUUACGAGAGGGAGGAAAUCAUCCAGCAACUUUCCGACAUCUUCAAACAUUCCAUUCCAUUUAUCGAUCCACGCCCAAUCGAAGUGCUCCUGAUCAUAAGUCUCCUGCAGAGCUUUUCCUUGGUAGACCCAUCACUACUACUCUGGAUCUGCUCAAACCCCGCAAGACACCGACACCAGCUGUAAACAGUAAGCAAAAUAACCAGUUCAAUCGACACCAUGGCACCGUCAAGAGAGAGUUCUGCACUUAUGAUUUGGUGUAUAAGUAA